AUGGAUAACAUUGUUGGUUCCACAAAGUCAAAACAUUUCAUCGAACAACGUCGACGGUCAAUUGUAAUUGAUUAUUUAAUUGCAACUUCUACGCAUGGACUACGUGGUGUUGGUCGUGCUUAUUCCAAAAGUAAUAAGAUAUUUUGGAUUAUCACAUUCACUUUCGCAACAGGACUUAUGUUCUACUUUGUAAUAUCGGCAAUUUUACAAUAUUUCGCAUAUCCAACACAAACAAAUGUUGAAAUUAAUUUAGAUCCGCAAAUGAAUUUUCCUGCUGUCACUAUUUGCAGUGGAAAUCCAAAUCCAUAUAAGAGAAUAAAUGCAUCAUUAGUUGAUUUCUUUUACCGAUUAUAUCCUUCUAAUGUUACAUUUAAUCAAAGUUUUCUCAAUUCUUUACAAAUACCUUUAUAUAUUGAUUUAUUCAAUCGAAAUAAAACAGAAGAAUUGCAAUCGAUCAGUUUUCAGCUGACUGACAUGAUGUUAUCGUGCACGUACAAUGGGAUUAGUUGUUUAAAUGCAUUUAUCACUUCUAUAACACCAAGUUUUGGUAAUUGUUACACAUUUAAUUGGAAGACGUCAACACCUUUCUUUACAUUAAACAAUUUUAGUAGUACUUUUGUAGCAAGAGAUGGUCUUGCAAUGUCAUUUUAUAUUCCACGUGAAAGUUAUUUUCCUACAACUUUAUUUGAUGCUGGUCUUGUCAUCUUAUUACACGAUAACAAUGAGCUUCCAAUACCUGAAGAGAAUGGUCUUAGUCUUACGCCGGGUUUAUCUUAUUAUUUAACCUAUCGUAAAAGCGAAACAACGUUUCUUUCUGCUCCUUAUACGCAGUGUACAUCAGCCGUCGCGGAUGAUUUACUUUCUCUCUACCAAACAACUUUCAUUAAUCAAACAGCAUCCGAAAUAACUGCAUAUUCAGAGUCAAUAUGUCGAGAGCUAUGUGAGCAAUCUUAUACAUUCUCACAAUGUUCAUGUAUUGUUCCCUCUGACUUUUUCACUCGACUCAUCUAUACAUUAGAUGGCCAUCUCAUCGCAGCGAAUAUUUGUAGCCCAUUUGGUGGACAACUCGAAUGUUCAUUCAAUUCCAAACAGCGGUUUGAUGCUGAUAGUGAAUUACAAACAUUAUGGUGUGAUCGUUGCCAUCCUCAAUGUCAACACACGGACUUUAGCAUUGAUCUGAGCUCAAUGGCAGCUCCGUCUACAGCUGAAUUAGAACAAUGGCGUAGAUUAUUAAUAAAUGGAACUAAUGCAUCUACAAUCUUAGUUCCUGAUGAUUUUGCACAACGUUUCGAUUAUUAUUUUGAACGAAAUUAUUUAAAAGUACUCGUAGCAUGUGGAAAUAAAUACGUUACUAAGUACAGUCAAGCAGCUAAACUCAGUUUUGUUGACACAUUUUCAGCUGUUGGAGGACAAACUGGACUAUGGAUUGGCUUAAGUGUGUUGAGUGUGAUUGAAUUGAGUGAACUGGCUUAUCGACUUAUUUAUAAACAAGUUGUACGCUGGAAAAAGAAUCGAAACGUUGCUGCUAAUGCAUCAACGAUGGUUGUAAUCAAUGGCAAAUAA